AUGGAAUUACUAAAAACAAUUCUAGCAAAGAGGAAACAAAUUUAUGAAUUGGAAUUAAAGAAAAUUCAUCUAGAACGAGAAAAUACUCGUAAAUCAAUGAUGAUGGAAGAUGGAAAUUUUCUUAACGCUCCAACAUUCUCCUCUGCAUAUUCACAUGCGUUUGAUGAAGAUACCUCCCCAUUCCUUAAAUAUCCCUCUUCCAUAUUACUCACAUUGUUGCAACAAGUAAAAUCAUCAUCGCUCAAAGUAUCAACCGAUCAUGAAGAUAAAAACAAGACCAUCAAUAGGAAUCAUCCUUCUGACGAAUUUGUUGUCAAAAAUAAUGAUAUUACAAUGCUUACGGAAACGAACGUUCCAAAACAUUGCGUCCCAAUACGAACAGAUGUCAGAAAUAUGGAUUGGAAAGCACUUGCAAGUGUCACACAAUUUGAUGUCAUUUUAAUGGAUCCACCUUGGCAAUUAGCGACUUCGAAUCCAUUACGUGGUGUGGCUAUUGGCUAUAAACCACUCUCAGAUAAGCAUAUUCAAAAUAUGGAUAUCAAUUCGCUACAAGAAAAGAAUGGAGGAUUUUUGUUCAUUUGGGUUAUUAAUGCAAAAUAUGUUAAAACACUGGAAAUGAUCGAACAAUGGGGAUACAAAUAUGUGGAUGAAAUUACAUGGGUGAAAAGAACGAUUCAUAGACGUUUGGCAAAGGGACAUGGUUAUUACUUGCAACAUGCAAAAGAAAAUUGCAUUAUCGCAAUGAAAUGUAAAUCACUAGAAAAGGAGAAGGAAAUGCUUGAGGCCGCAAGAAAUCGGGUUGCCUCGCUGAGUGAUGUGAUUUUCAGUGAUCGAAGAGGACAAUCACAGAAGCCAGAAGCUCUCUAUCACUUUAUUGAGCAAAUGGUUCCAGAUGGAAAAUAUUUAGAAAUAUUUGGAAGAAGAAAUAAUUUGAGAGAUUAUUGGGUGACGAUUGGAAAUGAAUUGUGA